AUGAGCUCCAUACAGUCAAACUCUUCUGCAAACGAGACCUUUGUUCGUCCUGCAAAAUUUUUUCUUAGUGGCCUUUCUAAUGUUCCACAUGUAAAAUACUAUUAUGUGUUCUUGUCUUUGGUGUAUGUUGUUACUGUUUUGGGAAAUUCAUUUCUCAUGUGUACUAUUUAUUUAGCCCGGAGACUUCACACAGCCAAAUAUAUUGUUGUUUUCCAUCUUGCCUUUUCUGAUCUGUGUGGAAGCUCGGCUGUGAUUCCCAAAACCAUUGAUACGUUUUUAUUUGACCACCAGGAUAUUUCAUAUGAAGCAUGUUUGGCAAACACGUUUUUUAUAUAUCAUUUCCUAAAUAUCCAGUCUUUAACACUACUUGUCAUGGCUUAUGACAGACUGGUUGCUAUUUGUUUUCCUCUACAUUAUCAUGCCAUUAUAACUAAAGCAGCAAUGUUCCUCAUCCUAGGAGGAAUGUGGAUUUUUUCUGUGACACAUAUUUCAGUAUUUGUAGGUUUGCUAAAUAGACUCUCCUUUUGCAGAUCUACUGUGAUUGAUAGUUAUUUUUGUGAUUAUAGUCUAAUCAAUAGACUAGCUUGUAAUGAUAAUUCUCUAAAUAUUUUAAUGAUUAAAAUAAAUUUUGGUCUGCUGCUUUGUGCACCACUCAUAUUAAUCUUUGUCUCAUAUUUCUGCAUUUCGUUAGCUUUGUUUAAGAUUGCUCAUGGUGCUGAUCGAGUAAAAGCCAUAAAAACAUGCACCUCACAUCUCAUGUUGGUGGUAGUCGGUUAUACCCCAUUAAUAAGUAAUCAAAUAGCAGUCUUAACAGCACCUAUGCCUGCCAACAUACGGUUAAUUAACAAUUGCCUGACACAGGUGAUACCACCUAUGCUGAAUCCUAUCAUAUACACUCUGAAGACAGAUGAGGUCAUGCAGUCUAUUAAAGAACUGUACAAUGGCCGCAAUGUGAAAAAUAUAGGACAGAUGAAAUGUACAAGGAGAUAUUCAAAACAGAAAUGA